AUGUCUGAUACCAAAAUUCUGAUCGUUGGCGCAAAUGGCAAGACCGGUUCCCGGGUUGAUUCCCGCCUCCAAGACGCGGGUAUUCCGACUAUCGGCGUUUCCCGUUCCACAACCCCCACCUUCGACUGGACCGACACCAAAUCCUGGCCGUCCGUGCUGGAGGGUGUCACAGGUGCUUACCUUACUUACCACCCAGACCUUUCCGUACCGGAGGCGGAGGGUCACAUUCGCACGUUCUGCGAGAUGGCCAGUAAAGCCGGUGUCGAGCAUGUGGUGUUGCUGUCGGGGCGGGGCGAAGAAGGCGCUGCACGGGCCGAGCAGGUACUUAAAGACAGCGACCUGGACUGGAAUGUCUUGCAAGCCAGUUGGUUUGCUCAGAAUUUCAGUGAGAAUUUCCUGCUCGACGGCGUUCUUGCCGGUGAGCUGUUGCUGCCUUCGGGCACUUCUCGCGAGCCUUUUGUCGACAUUGAUGACAUCGCAGACGUUGCUGUUGCUGCAUUCAUGGAACCGGGCUUGCGCAACCGUCUGUUCGAGGUGACCGGUCCCCGUACUAUGACAUUUGCGGAAUGUGUGGACGAGAUUGUUGCAGCCGCAGGUUUUCCCGUGCAUCUGACGGAAGUGCCGCUGGAUGUUUAUAUUCAGGCGCUCAAGGAUCAAGCUGUACCCGAGUAUCUAACGGAGCUCCUUAGCGAGUUGUUCGCCGUCCUCUUUGAUGGUCGUAAUGCUUACGUUGCUGAUGGCGUGUCGGAAGCACUUGGCCGUCCGGCAACGGACUUUGCUCAAUAUGCGCGAAAGGCCGCUCGAUUUAUCAUGCGCUCGUUCGCACGCCUAAACACAGCCGCUGCAAUUGCCGCCAUGAAUGCAAUCAAUACAAUGAUAUUGAAAUCGCCCUUCAUGCCUCUGUUUUUUGGCUCAAGUAUCGUUGCGUUGCUGAUGCUGCUGGUUGGUCUGUGGCAUUGGGGGGAGCCAGGUGCUGGCCUAGCGAUUGCCGCUGGGCUCACCUAUGGGCUCGGUAUGUUUGUCGUCACGGCCGCCGCCAACGUACCACUUAACAAUACCCUUGCCCGGGUCAGCGGCGACGAGGAGGAGGCGGAACGAACCUGGAAGCACUAUCUCCAACGAUGGACGCGCUGGAACACCGUGCGCACUAUUGCUUCGUUCGCGACGCUGAAUAACUUGAAGUUCGUGAAAUGGUUUGUUGUUGGAUUGUCGGGUAUUGCAGCAUGGUCUGCUUUGGCUUUGUACCUCGCAAUAAACGGCGUUUGGAUGAGUGCGGUUGUAGAGAAAGGUAAUGCUGACGAUUUCUACGAAUGGGCUGUCGGUGAAAUCAAUCUAAAGAGCAAAGGGAAUGCGGCGCUUGUCCUCCUCGAAGACGGAGCGGUUACCCAACAGUUCUUCGUUGGAUCGCAGGAUAUUGUUGAUGAAAACACAUUAUUUUCAACAGCGUCUUUCAGCAAGUGGGUGACUGCGAUGAGUGUCAUGUCUUUAGUUGAGAGAAAUGCUGUCGAUCUCGACGCUCCCGUAUCAACUUAUCUGACUCGUUGGGUAUUGCCAGACGUAGGAUUCAACAAUGAUGAGGUUACUCCUCGAAGGUUACUGAGUCACACAGCCGGCCUGACUGAUGGACUGGGUUUCGGCGACUAUGAAGCGAACGAGGUACUUCCUGCUGUCGAGGAAGAAUUGUCUAACCCCAGGGCUUCGAACGCUGUUGAUGUGGAAAUUGUUGUCGGUAUUGAACCAGGCACUGAGUUUAUGUACUCGGGCGGCGGAUAUUUGAUACUGCAGUUGCUGGUUGAAGAAGUCAGUGGGUUAACUUUCCGGGAUUACGUUGAAGCCUCGAUUCUUAACCCGGCUCAGAUGCGGCGAUCUUCCUACGAUUUUCUCGCCCAUUUGGAGAACGCCUCCGCCUCCUACAAUCUGGAUGGUUCGCGGGCGCCGGCCUUUCAAUAUGCAUCCCCGGCAGCUACGGGAUUUUCCAGCUCUGCCUCUGACUUAUCAAAACUCGCCGUGAAGAUAUUGUCUGGCGAUGGCGGUGUACUUUCUAAUGCGAGCUUCGAAGCGAUGCGCAAGCCGCAUGGCUUUGUUAUGGGAGCCGGUAUUUGGGGGCUCGGAACAAUUCUUUACGCACCGACACCGGGUGGAGACUAUGUAUUUGGACACGAUGGCGCCAACGACCCAGCGAUCAAUUCCACCGUACGACUCAACCCGGAUACGUUAGAUGGCAUCGUUCUGCUGGUGUCCGGUCAUCCGACACUGGCUUCGAAUAUAGGGUCGGAAUGGGUUUUGUGGCAGACCGGCUAUCCAGACUUUCUAUCGACUGAAAGGGCACUCCGAAGCGCGUCGCUGCCAAUUCUCCUCGGCGGUCUGAUCGUAGUAAUUUUCGUCUUUGGGUUGGCCCGUAGACAAGCCUAG